UUUAUGAUAUGCAAAUGUAUUCAUGAUAUGCAAAUGUAUUCAUGAGAUACAAAUUUAUUUAUGACAUGCAGAUUUUAUUUAUGAGAUACAAAUUUUAUUGAUGAGAUGCAAAUUUUAUUGAUGAGAUGUAAAUUUAUUGAUGAGAUACAAAUUUAUUUAUGAGAUACAAAUGUAUUCAUGAGAUACAAAUGUAUUUAUGAGAUGCUGUCACGUGCUAACUCUAUAGCCUAUUGGUUAUGUUUGUUAAGUAGGUCACGUGCGUCAUAACUCUUUACGUGAUUGGAUAUGUUUAUAAAGUAGGUCACGUGCCUCACGGAGAUUGGAUGAUCCUUUAUGGGUGGAGUCAGAAAAUAGUAUAAAUGACGAUGAAACUGUAGAGGAAACCAUCGCCUUCUUGCGGUAACAAUCUGGUAUUGAAGACUGACAGCGACGAAAUGGCAUCUCAGCAGCAGCCCAAACGGAAGUCGGUGGGGAAGAAAGCUGGUUCCAACGUGAGGAGAAAGCUGAAGAUGGGAGAGCAACCGAAACAACAAGUCUGCAUGGUGGAGGGGCAGCAGCAGCAGCAGAAGAAGAAGCAGAAGCAGGAGCCAUGUCUAAACGACACGUUAGACAUCGACGACUUGUUGACGAUGAUGGAGUCGAGUGUACAGAAUCAGCCACCACCAGUUGAAAGUGCUCAUUCGUCAACCUUGCCGAGCACAGUGAGCAACGUAGGCAUGUACGGAGUAGAGCCGAUCGCCGUACCAGUCACAGGUGUCGGUUCGUUCGGGCGUAACCCGAAUCCUCAGCCCAGCAGCAGCAGCAGCAGUGGCGGUGGCGGUGGCAGCCACGCAGUCAACAGUAUCGGUACGUCACGAAAUCCUCCACUGUCCUAUGAUACACCGUGGCUAACCAGUGUGGUUAACCAUGGCGGUACAAACAGCGUUAGUGCACCAGAACCGAUCGCCAUACCAUCGACCGUCAGCAGCGUCGGUGCCUUUGGGGUAGAGCCGAUACCACAACCCAAAACCGUCAACGGUGGAUUCUACACGGCACAGUCACCGAACUGUGAGGAAGUGAGGCUGCCCAUACACGACAAUGUCUUCAUUUCGUGUACAGUAUUCAACAGUCGCCCUCUGAUAUCAGUUCGUCAGUUCUACACCACGAAGGAUGAUCCUACUACCCUAAAGCCAGGGAAAAGAGGCCUGAGUAUGACACCAGACCAGUGGAACAAACUGAAGGAAUCACCGAUCUACGGUGCCAUAAUUGACUGCACCUUUCCAUCACUGCCUCAAGCAGCAACCCAGAAACCUCGGAUGUUCCCUCUGGGGAGUCUGCGGUACGCAGUCGUGGAAAAUGCCAACGGCAAACCGUCUGUGGGUCUGUACCAGUAUUCCUCCGGAGGAGGAGGAGGUGGCUACAACAACAACAACAGCACCAACCUGUACCGUACUGAGAAGGGCAUCACCCUAUCACUACAGCAGUGGGAGGCGCUGGAGGCUAGGAAGUCAACCGUAGAUUGGAUCAUGGGGGCUGUGGCAAACGGGAAAUCUCCACUGGCCUGGGAAGUAAUUGAAGGAAUACCAGUGUAGGUAAACCUGUCUCAAAGUAGAUGUUACCUGUGACAUAAACACAGGAGGUGAUGUCAUCAAUAAAGUUGCCUGUGAUAUGUACACAGGAGAGAAAGGGAUUGAAAAUGUGUCUGU